GCCCAGUCUGCACAUCACAACCAUGUCAACACUCCUGACGGAGCUAAGGGAACCAGCCAAGGUCGGGAUGGGCAAGGUCGGGACAGUCAGAAAGUCCGAGAGAAGAAAUAUGGCCAUCUGACAGCCGCAGCUCGAGCCAAACAACAGCGAGAAUCUCCUCAUGACAGUAUUAGCUCUAGGUACAGUUCAGAUCCUAUAAAGUUCUCACGUGACCGAG